AUGAAUUUAGUGGAAACAAUUAAAAAUACUAUUUCAAUUAAUUUAUUUAAUGGUGGCAUUCACAAUUUGUAUAAUUUAUUAUCAUCUAAGUCAAUAAUGUUCAAUGUAAAAUUAGAAUACUUCAAUAACUUCAUGAAAUAUUUCACUAAUGAUAACAUGAUCAACAAGAAUGUGAUGAACAGCAAAAAUGAUUGUUAUAGUUGUGUAAAUUCAUAUCUGUUAGAAAGAUUUAGUUUAUUAGAACAAAAUAUUAUCCGUUCAAUCGAGAGUUUGUUUGUAACAACCAAUGAACAUCCAUUCAAAUUCAAAUUAGAUGAUAUUAUCAAACAGUGUAUCAGUGUGAAUUCAUGGUAUAAUGAAUAUAUUCAACUAGAACCAUUAUUCAUUUAUGUUUCUACGUACUCAUUCACUGUAAAAAGAUCUCAUCAGACAAUCUGUAACCAAAUUAACAAUGCUGCUAUUUUGCCAAACACUAUUUUGACAAGUGAUUGGCUUAUUCUUGGUAUUCGUUUACAUCAGCUUAAAUCAGUGUUACAUAUCGUUAUGAAUCAAUGGAUACAUUUUGUAUCUGUAUGCAAUAAUAUUAAUGCUUUGUUAAAUAAUAUGGAAUUAUCAAAUGUUAUGAAUCAAGUAUAUCCACAGAAAUCCGGAUUUUCAUAUAUACAUCAGUCUUUAUGGCCUUUUAAUUAUCAAGAGGUGAUAGACGAGUUGAAAAGACAACAAAUAUUAUUCAACAGCCUAUUUGUUAAUGAAGAGAAAAACUGUUCACAUGAUGUUAUCAAUGGUUUGAUGGAAACAUUUCAAAAUUCAUCAUCUUCAUCGUCUAUCGUUCCUGAUGAAGUGAAUGAUGGUAUUAUACAUAAUUGUUAUAUAACGAAUGAGAUAUUUCUUCCAUCUAGAUCUCCAGUAUUCUGUACAAUAUGUCAUAGAAAUCCUUUUAUAGAUAAUAAUAUUAAUAAUGUAUCUUCCAUGAAUGUGUUAAUCAAUGAACAAGAAGAACGUCUCAAAGCUUUAAAUAAAUACAAACUUGACAACAAAAAGAAUACAUUAAAUUUUAAACAAAAUCAAAUUUAUUUAACUACAUUACAACGUCGAAUAGAUAUGAUUUCAGAAUGGAUUAUACAUUUUAUAGACGAAACAGUACUAUCAUCAUCAUUCAAUGAUGAACUCAAAGAAAACGCAGAAAUGUAUGUAGAUCAAUUAAUGAAAAUUGAAGAGUUACUUCAAAUUUGUCACAGUGAAUAUGAAAAUAUUAUUGUUUAUUAUGUUAAUAAUAUCAAUGUACAAAUACAAUUAGAUUUAUCAAUACUACUUAUAAAUUGUCUACAAGUAUAUAUUAAUCAGUUAACACAAACGAUUAAACAUAAAUGUGAAGAGAUUUUAAUAUAUAUCAAGACAAAUGUGAAAUGUUUAAUUGAACAAAUGAAAAUAAUGUUAUUAGUUGAUGUUGAUAAUAUCAUGUGUAUACAAUAUCCAUGUCAUCGAAUUAAUCAGAGGAGAUGUACUUCAUUGAACAAUAUUCAGGAAAUUCAGUUUAAAUUGUUGUAUAUGACAUGUAUUCAUAAUCAUUUGGUUAAUUUAUGUAAAAUAGUCAAUUGGAGUAGCAUAAAUGCUCAUUCGGAUACAAGAGUUUUACUGCGUCAAUUUUGUUGUUCCUAUACUUAUUUAAAUCGAAUAAAUCAAUACCUUGAAUACUAUAAUAAUACUUAUCAAGAUGAAACUACCGUUUCAAUAAAACUGGGGUCUGGUUCGACAUUAUCUGCUUUGAAUUCACUUCAAGAAGGAUUGAGACAGAAAAAUUCUAUUGAGGCAAAUAUUUUUAAGGAUAUUAUUCCCGAAAAUGAUAUCAAGCCGAUGUCUCCAUCAUUAUUUCAAGCGGAGUUUGAUUAUUCGUCAAUAACAACUGUGAGAUCAUUCAAUAAAGAAAUCCAGUCAAAUGUUGCUGAUCAAAUAGAUUUAGAUAAGAGUUGUUUAAAAGAGAAACAUAGCAGCGUAAUAUCGAGAAAAUCAUCUGAUUUAUUAAUCACUGAGCCAUCUUCAUCAACAUCACCAUCGUUGUCAUCAUCAGCGUUAUUAUUGAUGGAUUCAAAGAAUAAACAGUUAGUCUCCAAAUCAUACACUGCAAAGUCAACAGAUUAUUCUGUUGAUAAUGAUGACAUCACUUCAAAAAUAGUUAUUGAUGAUAACAAAAGAAGUCCUAUUAAACACAAUCCCGUUCAUAAAUUGUGUUCAAAUCCGUCGACUAUUGUCACUAAAACAUUUCAAUCGAAUUCUGAUGUGUAUGAUUUACUGUCUCAAGUUAAACUGAGUCUAAUCAAGGUGGAGCGUCAUUUAAAUGAACUGGACGCAUAUCAUGAUGAUGGUGACGACGACGACGAUAAGAGUGUUCAUUCUGUUGAUCAAGUUGGUGAAUCAUUAUCAUUAGCUCAUUUGGCUACAUCAUGCGAUCAGUUGAUAAAAUUCCUGGGUCAACUUAAAGCUUAUGAUUUUCGAAUAAAUUCUGCGGUAUCUCUAUUGAAGUCAACUGUACCAAGUAGUAGUACAUCACUUGUUGUUACCAUUGAUCAAGACGAAUUAUUGAAUGAAUUGAAUAUUGUUUGGCGAAAACUGAUUGUAGGUACAAAAAAAUGGAUUUCGAAACUACAAUAUAAAUUUAUUUAUGAAAAAAGUUUAAAUUAUUUAAUUUAUGAAUUUGAAAAACAUUUAACUUAUACAAAAAAUCGUUUAGAUUAUUAUUUUCAACAUAUCCAUGUUAUAUUCCCUAAUAAUGAUGAAAAAGAAAAAGAAGAAGAAAGUUUCAAUGUCGAAAAAAAAUUAAAUAAAUCAUCAGAAUCCAUUAUUUCAUCAACGACAAGAUCACCAUUAUUCUCUUCCACAUUCUCAUCAUCAACAUCACCAUCAUCAUCCUCUUCAUUAUCUGAAUUAUUAUCAUGUGCUCAAUUAUUGUAUACAAUUAAAUUACGAUUAAUUGAUUGGCUUAAUUAUACAACUUUAUUAUUAAUGUUAAUAAAGGAUAAUGAGAAGAAUGAUUGGUAUUCCAUCUUAGAUAAUAUAUUAUUACAAUCUAAUGAAGAAUAUAAUAAUAAUGUCGAUGUUAAUUCAUUGAAAAUUGAUCUUGUAAAACUUCAAAUAAAUUUCUUUCAUUUAUUAAAUUUAAAUAAAAAUUUAUGUUUAAAAUGUUAUCAAUUAUUUACAUAUUUAAAUAAUCAUAAUAAUAAUAAAUUAUCAUUCAUAAAUAAUAAAAAUUAUUCUUUACAUAAUAUUACUAAUCAUUUUAUCAUGGAAAAUCAAUAUAUUGAUUUAUCAUUAUUAAUGAAAGAUGAUUAUAUAAUGAAAUCUAAUUCACAGUUAUAUGAUGAUAAUGAUAAUAGUAGUAGUUCAGAAUGCUUUGAAUCUGAUCAUUUUUCAUUGAUAAAGAAAAACAAUCGUUCAAAUUUAUUGGAUAUAGAUUUGGAUUUAGCCAAUUCACAAUUAAACAACUUGAUCGUUUCUAAUUUAUCAUCAGACGAGUUAAACAAUAUUCAUCAAACCCCUAAAUCAAUAUAUUUAAUUGCUAUGGUGAAACCAAAUUAUAAUAAUAUCAUUUUGAAAAAUAACAAUUUAUCAACUAUUGAGAGUAGAAUGCAAAGUGUACAUAAUUUCCAUGCUAAACCUUUGACAAAAUUAUUUGAUCUAAAACAAAUAACUGGUUUACAGUUUUAUCCUUAUCCUGUUCUUCAUCAUGAUAGUAAUGAACAGUCUAAUUUCAGCAAUAAUCUGACAGAAUCAUCAAACAACAAAAUUAGACAAAUUCAAUUUCAUUUUAAUCUAACGAAUUCAAUGCAAAAUAUGUCGGAAAAAUCGAUCAUGCCAAUUAAUACAACUAUCAUCAGUAAUUUCAUGAAUUCACCAAACUGCAUUUGUAUCAUCAGCACUUCUUAUAAAUCAGGUAAAAUAAACAUAAAAAGUACAUUCAAAAUAUCUUACAAAAGAAAUGUUCAUUUAAACGAUGAACUAUUAAUAAAUUCACCAUUGAAUCAAAUGUCUACAAUAUUGAACAGAAAUAUUUGUGAAAUCAAUUGCGCCAAUAAACAUCAUGAUAAUAAUGGUGCUUCUGAUCUUGAUCUUGAUGGUGAUGAUGAUGAUGAUCAUAAUAAUUCAUUAAGUUAUUCAAUUAAUAGUGUAUUUAAAAACAACUAUGAUCACUGUAAAUUAUUUAUUCAAAAAAAACUAUUACAAAACAGUUUACCAUUUAUGCGUAAUAUUAAACCUCAUUUAUUUCCUGUCUAUAGUUCACCUUCAACAUCACCAUCAUCACCUCUUCCACUGCCUGGUUCUAGUGUUCAUUAUUCUCAUUAUCAGAACAGAAGUGUUUUGUAUAGAACAACAUCAUACUUAUCUAAACGUUUAUGUAGUAGUAUAUUCACGAAAUUGUUAUCAUAUUUUAUUUCCUUGUGUAUAGUAUUAUAUCUUAUUAAUUUUCUGGUAAAGUCUUCAUUUUCUCUACCAGAUAAUCUGCUAGUUAUACAUAAAGAAGAUUGUAGACAGCAGACAUCUUCACAAAUAUUCUUUUAUUCAUUAUUGUCAUGGAUUAAACGAAUAGGCGUGGACGGUGUUGAUGUACCACGAAGAAAUGUCAGCUUACUUAGUGAAAAUCCAUUGACUAGAACGUGGCCAGAUAAUGCUCCACCGUUCUAAACUAAAAAUCAUACAAAUAUUCAAUAACCUUAAUAUGUGUAUGAAUGUUCGAUGAAUAUCACUAUAUAUGGUUGAUUAGAAUGUGAAAGAAAGCAUUUUUUUAGUUUAUGGGAUUGUACUUCUCAUUUCUUCCCAUUUAUACAUAUAUGGAAAUAUAUGUAAUAAUAAAAACGCAAUCAGUAUACCUUUGUUUUACUUCUCAUUCAAGAAAUUUUCUGUUCAUUUUGAAAGAGUAUCGAAAUUUACAGCAUGUAUUUUAUCA